GCGCUGUUUGAGUCACACUUUCUCUGAGUUUGUCAGAAAAAUCUAGUAAAAAUUAACCAUGUCAGGAAGAGGCAAAACCGGCGGAAAAGCCCGCGCCAAGGCAAAGACUCGCUCCUCUCGUGCUGGACUCCAGUUCCCCGUCGGUCGUGUUCACAGGCUGCUGCGCAAAGGCAACUACGCUCACCGUGUGGGUGCCGGCGCCCCCGUCUAUCUGGCCGCUGUGCUCGAGUACCUGACCGCUGAGAUCCUGGAGCUGGCUGGAAACGCCGCCCGCGACAACAAGAAGAGCCGUAUCAUCCCCCGCCACCUGCAGCUGGCCGUCCGCAACGACGAGGAGCUCAACAAACUCCUGGGCGGAGUGACCAUCGCUCAGGGCGGCGUGCUGCCCAACAUCCAGGCUGUUCUUCUGCCCAAGAAGACCGAGAAGCCCGCCAAGUCCAAGUAAACCACAACAACUCCACAAACAAAAGGCUCUUUUAAGAGCCACACACUCACUCUGAAAAACUGCUCAUCCUCCUUUAAAAUACAGCAAAACUGUCAAUGUUAUGUUGAUGUUUAUUAAUAAUGAUAUAUAAUAAACAUCAAACAACAUAUUCCAUUCACAAUAUGUGAUUGAUGAUGUCAUGCAUCAUUUUAUAUAUACAUCAAAUACACGUACCCACUGUGUUACUGUAGUUUAGUGAAAAUGUAAACGCAUUAACACUUGAUUCAAUCAUUAGGAUGAGACUGAUACAAUGAAGAGGGAAGUGAAAGAAACAAUGCAACACAAUAUACAUAUACAUUAUACAUAACAUAAAUAUAUACGUGCAACACUGUCAUGUUUCUCUCUGCAGCUCUGUUGUGUAAGUCAUUUCAAUAUUUGUAUUAACAGGGCACAAUAUACGAUUAUAUGAUACAUCAAAUGUCUGAUGUGAUUAUGAACACAAUGACUUUCUAAACCAUGUAAUAAACAAAUAUUACAUGUU